GCAAGCAAGUUGUUUGAUGUCAAACACAAGUUUUAGGUUAUCAGUGUUACCUCUAUUUUGGAAUCAUCCGAAGGUUAUACUUUGUGGUGGUAAGUCAGUAGGCAAGAGCUCCCUAUUACGCUUCCUUGUCAAUAAAUGUUUGUACAAGUGGAAGCAGAUUUUGGUGCUGGACUUUGACCUCGGCCAAUGUGAGUUUACACUUCCUGGCUGUAUCUCUGCAACUGUCGUAGAAGAACCUCUUCUGGGCCCCAACUUCUCACAUCUGAAAGAGCCAGUAAGAUCCGUCUACCUGGGAGAAGUUGAUGUAACUAAAUGCCCAGAAAAGUACAUUGAAGGUUGUAAGUCUCUUAUCGAUUUUGCGGACGAGAAUUAUAGUGACAUUCCAUGGUUAGUUAAUACGAUGGGUUUCACCAAAGGGUUUGGUGUCAGCUUGGCUUGCGGGAUUAUAACCUACACAAGCCCAACACAUGUAGUACAGAUACAGAGCAAAGACAGAAAGCUGAACUUUCCAUCCCUGCUGGAACCCCAAUACGUUGAAUGCCUCAGGCACAGUGCAUUUGAUGUUGCCCUUAGUCGUACAGAUUAUCAACUGUAUGAAAUACCAUCUGGGUCAGAACAACCUGGAUUUGUGUCUAAGUCAAGAGGUAUGAGCCCUGCUGAAUCAAGGAACCUGGUUAUUCUUUCUUACAUGAGUAGAAUGUUGAACUCAAAUACUUCUAGUCUAUCUCAAGUCACACCAUAUAUGAUUAACAUGGACAAACUAAAAUUGCUAACAAUAAACGAGUACAAUUUAACCAAGAGUCAAGUAGCUGCUACAAUGAAUGGAAACAUGGUGGCGUUAUGCCUCGAAACGCCUUCUAACAAGUUUCUUGAUUGCCGAGGAUUUGGUAUUGUUCGGGCAGUAGAUUGGCAGAACAAUACAUUGUUCCUGAUAACUCCUCUACCUCCUUCAGAACUUAGUGGUGUGAAUUGUUUGGUGAAGGGUAACAUAGGAUUACCUGACUCUCUGUACUACAAUCAAGGAGAGCUUGUGACAGGUCAUGUACCUUACUUGGCUCACACUUCGGCCGGAUCUACAGCCCGCUUUGCAAAGAGAGACUUCCGCAGCCUUCCAGUCACGCAAAGAUCAUACAGAUGAGAUGUGGAACCAUACAACACACCUAUGUUGUUUCAAAUGGUUAGUUUUUAACACGCCAAGUAAAUAUAUACCAGACCUUUUGUUAAUUAAUAUUGAUGAACAAUAAAUGUUUUAUGAAAA